AUGGAUCUAGACUUCAUUUUUUUCCCUGCUCCUAAAGAAAUAUCAACAGAACAUGAAUAAGGCCAAAUAUUAUGGAUUCCAAAGUACAAAAAAUUAUAUCCAAUUUUUAAAAAUUAUGUUCCUCGUACAAACAAAAAAAGAGGCGUGUACUUUAAAUAAAGAGAAUUAGAAUCAGAAGAUGAUGAGCAUUCCAUCAUUGAAGAACCUAGGUAAUCCUCAUUUAACUAAAGCAGUGAAUGUCAAUUAUAGCCAAUCCCUAACUUUCCUUGCAAACCUGCCACCUAGAGAUAGCAAAUAAGACAAACUAGUGAAAUUAAUUCACCAUCUUUUGAUUCUAAUGAGGGAAGUCCUGAUGUUUCAUAUAAAUUGCAAUAAUUAAAUAUGCAAUCCAUUUAAAUUCCUUCUAAAAAGUUUGAAUUAUGUAGGAAAAUAUCUAAUUUUUAUCCUAAAACUAAAGCCAAGAAAAGUUUCUGUUUUAGUCAGCCUCUCAUUAAAUUACCAAAAUAAUUAUUGGAUAAAAAGAUAGAAAAUUUUGUCCUAGAAGAACCAACUGUUCACAGAUCAAAUUCUAGAGAAUCUAAUCACAUAUUUGGACAUAUUCCGUGUAUGUAUGUAGAUUCCAAGAUUCACUCUCCUAAUAUUGUACUCUAUUUCCAUGCCAAUUGUGAAGACAUAACAUAAGCAUAUUAGUUUCUUAUUCAUUUAAGAGAUAACUUAAAUGUAUCAGCUAUAGCCAUGGAAUAUCCAGGUUAUGGUAAGUACAAAAAUGAAUAGCCUAAUGCUGAAUUCAUUUUGAAAGAUGCUGAAUAUGUUUACAACUAUCUUACAAAACGAUUAGGCUAUAAUGAAAAUCGCAUUAUUAUUUUUGGGAGGAGUAUAGGCAGUGGACCAGCUACCUACAUUGCAAGUAAAUAUAAACCGGCAUGUCUUGCAUUGAUGUCUCCAUUUACUUCCUUAAAAGCAGCUGUUAGAGAUUAUGUUGGAUCCUGGGCCUAAUAUCUCAUCAGACAGCGUUUUGACAAUUUAGAUUAAAUUAAGAAAGUCAAGAUACCUACUUUUAUCUUACAUGGCAAAGCGGAUAACAUUAUUCCGUAUACUUAAGCCCAAGAGUUAUAUAAAAAUUGCAUAUCAAGAGAAUGCAUUAUGCACUUAGCUGAUGACAUGGACCAUAUCAGUUAUAAACUAUAUAAAGAUCUAAUCAAUCCAUUCACUGAAUUCUUAAUAUAAAUCAAAUAUUAUUAGAACUGUUCUCAAGCACCUAAAUUACCUACAGUUCUCUUUUACAAUCCUACCAUUGAAUGA